AUGGUCAAUCGCUGGAGCGGCCACGUUACAACAGGGUUCGAACCCAGUACACAGCCGCCGUACACAGCCGCAGACACGAUGCCGACUCACGGCGGCCCCGGCCGCUUCGAUACUGUCGCGGGCCUUCUCGCCGCGACGCCGCCUCAACUUCGGCUCCUGGACAGCUCGCUGCCCGACGACGCCGAGCGCGCCGCUGUGCGCAGCUGCUGCGCUGGUACGCUUGCGUCUUGCAUCGCACAGCUCGACGCUGUGAUUGCACCGCAUGCCGUCCGCAUGAUGGACGGGAGGCUUCCGACAAGCGACGCUUUCCGUGGCGACGACCACGAUCUCAGCAAGCUGAAGGCGCUCAAAACUGUCGCCACGAUGGUCCUGCAGGACGGACCGAUGCUCUAUCGCGAGGCCUGCGCGAGUCUCGUCCACGCGCGCUCCACCUUCUUCUCGGACCUCAACGCGGCGCUCGAUGCCGAUGUCUUUGAUUCUGCCUUUCGAUUCAAAUCGCCGUCGUGGCUCGCGAAGCGCGCGGGGCAUGAGCUGUUGGCGCGCGUACCGCUCACUGCAUCGCGCGAACACGUGCCGCACGACCGGACGGCCUAA